CGUUCCAUACACAUUAAUAUUUACAAAAAAGACGUGUCAUUUUUUUUCAAGACGUUCAAGGAAGAGACAUAUGAAUAUGGAUUUUGGAAAAAACAUAUUUGUAGAUAUACAAGAGAAACCAAAUCCCAUCAGCAAUCAAAUCCUGGAGAAAAUUAACCUGUGUAGUCAUGACGAAAAGGCUGUUUCUAUAGGCGAUCUUGGUGAUAUAAUAACGAAACACAAAAAGUGGAAGGAAUGUUUCCCAAGAGUUGAACCGUUUUAUGCUGUAAAAUGUAAUGAUAUUUAUCCUGUAAUUAGACUGCUAGCAGAUAUGGGCCUAUCAUUUGACUGUGCAAGUAAGGCUGAGAUACAGAAGAUUUUAGACCUUGGAGUUGAUCCCUCUAGAAUUGUAUAUGCCAACACAUUUAAACAACUAUCAUUUAUCAAAUAUGCUGCUGAUAAUGGAGUCACUUUGAUGACAUUCGAUUCUGAGGAUGAACUAACAAAGAUCAAGAAAGAAUACCCCCAAGCAAACUUAUUGCUGAGAAUCAGUCCACAAUCGAACAACAAGGUAAUUUAUCAUCUGGGGAGAAAGUUUGGAUGUCACCCGUUGACAGCUUUGAAACUGCUACAAUUUGCUAAGAAAUUAGAAUUAAAUGUCAUCGGUAUAAGCUUUCAUGUUGGGAGUGGCUGUUUAGAAGCCGGUGCGUUUGAAGCCGCAAUAGAGCAGUCAAGACGUGUAUUUGAUUUAGGACUCUCUGUUGGAUUUAACAUGAACAUCCUUGACAUAGGUGGUGGAUUUCCUGGCCAGAAAAAUGUGCAGACAAAUAUUACUUUUGAAAAGAUAGCUACAGCUGUGAACCUCUCUCUGGAUAAAUAUUUUCCUGGAAAAAACGUUCGGAUUAUAGCUGAGCCCGGACGGUACUAUGUUGCUUCAGCGUUCACAAUUGCCACUAAUAUAAUAACGAAGAAAAUCGUUAUGAAUGAAGAAAAUGAGUUAACAAAAGGAGGUUUACAUGACCAUCCAACAGCACAGAAUGAAAACCUCAGAAUGUACUAUGUAAAUGAGGGUAUAUACGGUAGUUUUCUGACAUGUAUGACUGAUCCAGGGUGUUAUGUACCUUCACACUUUAAAGACAGUCAUGAAGAGGUAUUAUAUAACAGUAUUAUUUGGGGACCAACUUGUGCUGCAGUGGAUUUAGUUAUAGACAAAAUCAAACUACCCGACCUAUCUACUGGAGAUUGGAUAUACUUCAAAGAUAUGGGAGCAUACUCCUUUACUACAGCAACCAAUUUUAACAGUAUGCCAAGAGUCGAGGAGUACUUCACAUGUGAAAAGAAAUUAUGGGAACAAGUAUAUCAACUUUAACUGCAGUCUUGUUAUCUGGUUAUAGCAUAGCACAAAAUGAAUAUAAAAUGACUUCAUAUAUAUCCUACUGUAACAUUUAUUACUAGUUUAUUGUUAUUUAUAUCUCUUACUGUAUAUUAUUGCUUUGCAUCACGGUGCAAAGCUAGUUAACUCUACUAUAAUCAUGGCAUUUUGAAAUAAAAUUGAGAAUGGAAAUGGGGAAUGUGUAAAGUGACAAAAACCCGACCAAAGAGCAAAAAACCAUGCAACCAAUGGGUCUUCAACAGUGAGAAAAUCUUGCACCCGGAGGCAGCCUUCAGCUAUUACAUAACAAAUAUCCAUUCUCAUUGGUUGCCUCAUGACGUGGAAAAGAUUCCAUUGACAAAAUGAUUUAUUUAAUUGGAAACCUGUCCUGGAUAGAAGAUAUUUAAUACAGACAAACUUUGAGUUUGGAUAUUCGGUUUAAACGAUUGAUUGGUGUUAAACGCCACUUUCAACACUAUUGUGCUAUUUUGUGCAGUCAGUUUUUAUUUGUGAAGGAAGCUGGAGUGUCUGGAGAGAAUUACGGACCUUCGGUGUGAAAACUGACAAUCCUAGUCAAUUAAGAUUGGAGUCGAGUGCACCUGCCUUGUUGUAUAUUCGAACUCACAACCUCAGAGUUCACAGGCUAGUUAUACAGUAGUGGGACUACUUAGACUAAUUGACCACCUAGUUCCUCUCUCAUAAUAUUGAGUAUAUAAUCUAUAUCCAUUAUGAUUUGUGCAAAAAAAAAAUGCAGAAACAAUAAAAACCAUGUUUCAUAUAUAGCUCUUUAACCGUCUCAGUUCUAAUACAUCCUUUGCUAUCAAAUAUUUGGCUUUGAGCUUUGUGAAGGUAAAUCCAGAAAAGCGCUUCUGAUGCAUAAAAUUUAUAACGUGCUGGUGUUUUUUCUUGACGUAUUGUCUUAUUUGUUGAUUUUACUUUCCUGAACAUUUUUGCUUGACAAUUCUCUAUAUCUUUUAUAGUUUAUGCAAAAUAUGCAGACACAGAGAAAAGUCUCAUUACUGAAUGCAAUUUUGAUAAUUAAAAAGAAAUGUUGAUAUUAAAAUGGCAAUAUUUCAAGUCAAUGUACAGUAAAUGGGCUAUGUCAUAUAUUUUAUCUGUUUUAUAACCUGAUGUAUUGCACAACUAUGUAUUACUGAAUUAAUUAGUUCAAAAUAAAUGUAUAUUGAAUAGAGAACACAUAACUCAGUGAAAAAUACUGAAAUUUUUCUUACAAUAAUUAAAUUAAUUAAAAGUACUUUCCACCCAAACCCAUAUAUAUUUUAAUAUGAAAAUACUAGAAUCCAGUUAAAAAUGUCAUUUCUGUGUCAGAUAAUAGCUUAAUAAAUGUUGAUUCCAAAAAAUAUCGUUUCUAUACACUUUUGUUUGAAAUAAGGGAGAUAAUUUAUUACUUCCGGUUUGAAAAAAUGUCAUUUCCUGUAUCAUAUGAUAGGUUAUUUGACACUGAUCACAAAAAUAUAUGGUUCUACCCAAAAAAAUGUAUAUACUUUUACAUUAAAAAAGUACAAAAAACAGCUACUUCUAGUUUGUACAAGGUCAUGAAGGUCACUUACAGUUGACUCUUUCAAGGUCAUAUGGCUUGCAACCAAAUGCAAAAGGUCCCAUGGUUUUAUCAUGAAUAAAUUUAUAGAUAUAGCAAAGGUCAACAUCUAGAACGUCAAAUUCACCAUUGACCUUGACCUCAAUUUCAAGGUCAUCAAGGACCUCUAGUCAAGGAAAUAUC